AUGAAUUCUUACCCUCCAGAGCUUCUCGUUCAAUUGGCACCAGUUAUGUUUGUAGCUGGCCUUGAUCCUCCUCCAGGACAAGUUUUGCCUCCAUCCACGCCUCAAGCCCCUGCUGUUUCUCCAUCAGCACCAGAGCCUCUACCUACCCCAUCCAAAACUCAAGAUCCAUUUAUCUCUCUCACCUUGCGUUUACGCGAGGCCCUCCAGUCACAGCGCAAAUCAUCAAUAUGGGCGCCUGAGAGAAACAAGACUUUCCAAAUUCUCCUCGUUGACAAGUCGGUUCGCUUUCCACCGCGAAAAACCGUUUCGCCCGACGAUCCUCAGUUUCCUACCGCUCAUUCUCCACUUUCUCCUCUUACUCCCACUUCACCACUAUACCCAGAUGGUCUCGUAGCUCCUAUAUGGAUACGUAAGCACACGGCGCUAGUCCCAAGCGUGUUUGUCCUUUUCCUCAGGUUGUUCGAGGCUCCUCCUGUCAAUCCUCGAUCCCCAUUAGACCCACCAGAUGCUGAACAUGAACGAGAGCGGAUAGAAGACGAAAGGAAGAGAGAUACGGAGUUGAGUACAGAGAUUGCCCUGAGGAAAAGGAUCACAAAUGAGAGGGGAAUCAAGCUCACGGUUGUCCUUAUGGCAAGCAGGAGAAUGUUAGAUGAUCCUUCACUAGACGGACGACUGACCUAUGUCAGAAGACAGAGUGGGCUUGAUUCCAGGGCUGCUCUUUUUGUUCUAAGCCCUGUCACAACCUCUGAGCUGAAUGAUUUCGUUCGCAGUCUACAAGACGCACUCUACGAUCCCGCUGUCGAAUAUUACACUGCGCACUCCAAACGAGUACGACGGAAGCGUAACCGACAUUCGCAGGCAGUCUCAUCGUAUAACCCUACUCCACUUUCGCCACUGGGUUCUGGAGGCGGCCUAGGUGUACCGCGCCCACUGAAGCCUGAAGGUUGGACUGUGCGAUAUGAAUACAAGAUGGCUUGCUUUGCAGAAUUCAGAGGGGAAGACGAAGUCGCUUUAAAACACUAUCAAGAUGCCUAUGCUACUUUGCUGAUCAUGUUUGGCUCAACUGCGAUAUUGCCCCCUCGGACGAAGAGAUGGGCUGAAGCGAAGGUCCUCGCAGAUUGCAUGAAUUUGAAGAUCUGCAAACUCUACUUGUAUAACAAUGAACACGCCCUCGCUUUAUCUCACCACAAUUCUCACGUACGCAAAUUUGCAGAUUUUUCGCGUGGCUGGGGGAUUGGCGAGGAGACGUUUGAAUAUUGGAGCUGGAUGGCCAGACAACAUCGUGUUCUUGCUGAGCUGCUAGAACAAGGCUCUCGUACGACGCUGACAAUUCCAACUCAUAAACCUGUUCCCCAGCCUCGUCCUACUACGCCUUCCACAGGUGCGACAAGCACUAUCGGGACUCCGUUUGAGCUGGACGCCGUGCGUUCAUUAGGCAUGAACCCUAGUCAUGCGUUGCAGCACCCUGGUUUCUAUUACUAUAUGGCUGCGCGAUGUACCGAGAUACGAAGAGAACGGUAUUUGGCUGUUGAAGGGAGUGAGGCUACUCAACAAGCGAGUGCGGCGCCUGGGCUUGUCAACGAGAAAAAGGUGGAUCACUUGACUAUCAUCUUGGAGCUCUACACAAAGUCCUAUGAGCUGUUCAAGAAAUACGGAUCUCCAUCAAGCCAGGGACGCCUGACUCUGUGGAUCGCAUAUCGCAUAGCACAAACUUACUACGAAUCUAAUAAAUUCGACAUGGCUGUACGGUUCUUUGAAAGAAUCGCAAAGACGUAUCGUAGGGAAAAAUGGGGCCAUAUGCUUCAUCCACUGUUGUCAACUUGGUAUGCAUGUGCGCAGCGGCUGGGAGAUGUAGAGCUUACAGUGAAAUUACUGCUAGAGAUGCUAGGAAGUGUAGGUAUGGAUGUGGCUGGAACGUUACAGGACGAUUUAAUAGCUGUGCUCAAGAGCACGAUACCUGCGUCCCCUGAGGAACCAUUAGUCAUAGAACCAGCAGAAAUUGAACCACUCCUCGAUACAAUAUCAGUAUUUUGGAAACAACAAGUUCGAGUUGCCGAAGCCGCAGCAUUUCAACUAUCUCUCAGUGCGCCGUUGAACACAGUGAUAUCAUCCCUUCCGAUCGAUUCUAUUUCGGUGUUCUUUUCCGAGGGUUUUGCCCCACUCACUAUACGACACUCGGCGCCGUCUGAGCCAAAGUCCUCGGAUCGUGUCCCUAUGCAGCUAGUCAAAGUAGGCCACGUGGAGUCGGGCGGCGAAACACGAGAAUUACAAGCCGAUUUAAGAUGGCGUCCUGGAGACAUCCUGGUUUUAGCUGGGACAAUAUCAUCCGAAGUUCCCUUGACGAUCAAAGUCUCAAAAAUACUCUUGACAUUGAAGGAGGCAAGUUGGGUAAUAGAGAUCCCUCUUGCGCCUUGUGCAUCUCGAGAUGGGGUGGGGCCUGUUCCUCGGUGGCUGAGCUGUUUGGAUCCAAUUAUCUUCGUACCAAUUGCAAGAGAAGAAUAUUCGACCGUUGCCGUUCAUCAUCGUCCGCAUCAGCUGGCUGUGUCCUUUUCACAUGAAGCACCUGCCCUCGUAGACGAAGAGUUUCCUAUUGUCAUAAACAUUACAAAUACAGAUGAAAGAGAUCUCGACGUUGUGAUCGACGUAUUACUCCAACCUACCGAGUUUGAUGAAGCAGAUAAUCAAAUAAUAAUUGACGACCAACGAUCAUCAGGUCUACUCCGAGGCAUUCAUCUUGGAAAUGUAGCACCUGGAGUUACUGCCCUCAAGACGCUGUACCUUGUUAACAACGGUGCAGCAGGCGACCGAACAGUUGACAUAUCCAUACAAUCACGUUCUGUGUCACCAGGUCGUGAUCUACCCAACUCUCCACAAAGCCCAACAUCACGUUCGGCGUCUGAUAUGACUGAGACGCUGGAAACACUUGUUAUUCCCACUGUGAAAGCCGUGAAAGCAUCGUAUGAUGUGCGGUAUCAAAGGGCCCUGGGUAAACAACUUGGGAUAUCCGAUCUCCGUAUGUUUGAAGACGGGUUUUGGGAUGACGCCCAUGGUGGUGAAGCCAUUGUUUCUGCCAAGCUGGAGUGCUCUGGGCCUUGGAAAUUGGAAAUUGAAAGUUUGAAAUUGAUACCGCAGAACGGUGAAAAUGCUAAAAUCGUUGACAACUCUUUGGAUGGAUGUGUUGACGAUAUGUUCCCAGAUGAAUAUCUGCCUGGAGAUGAAUUCUCAGACACUUGUCGCAUUUCUCUUGCUCCAGACGAGGACCAGGUUCUAGCUGGUGCAGAGCUGCCAUGUCCAGGGACAUAUGAAAUUAGUUGGCGAAGGAUAUCACCGAAUGGGGAUCGUGGUCCUCUAUCCGUCACCCAGCUCCCCUUACCAGCGCUCUGCCCGCCAAAAGAUGGACUAAUUGCUCUUCUUCGCGUUCCAUCUGUAGCCAAGUUACAUACGCCAAUGUCUAUGCAGUUAAUAGUCCGUAACCGGCAUCCUUCUCGCUCCGCAAAUAUUGUUGUUCAGCUUGAUCCUGAAUCACUGGAUGGCUUCAUUGUUUCUGGCUUACGAAGUGGACGAGUUCAAACUCUCUUGCCUGGAGGAGAGGAAAAAGUUAGAUGGCGGCUAAUCCCAGUGGAAUGUGGACAUGUUAGUGUUCCACGGGUGAAAGUGAUGGAUAGACGGAAAGGAACUGCAACUUCUCAGGCCGCGGGAACAGGACAGGAUACGGAAGCGGAGUCCGAAGGAGAAAUCGUCAAGGUCGUCGAUGUGAAGUGGGAUUGGAGGGGUCCAGAGAAUGGCGACAAAAUUGUCAAUGUUGACCAGGCUAAAGUCGGGGCAAGAGUAGAGAAUGAGAAUGUUAAAAUGUCUCCAGAGCAGCGCGGUGCGAACACAAUUCUUGUAUUACCAUGAUACUCAGUUGGAAGAUUACCAGCAUGUCGCACCGCUGCUUCACGCGCAUAUAAUUUUUAUAUUAUCCGGUCAUCCAUUUUUGCCCUC